UGCUAUGCAGAUGCCUUUUUUGUAAAAUGAACACAGAAAAAAUGAUAGAUUUUCUCAAUGUGAGCUAUAAUUGCAAUCAGCAAAAUGAUUUUGUCGCCGAUCAAGAAGUUGCUGCUGUACUUGGAGAUCACUCAAAAAUUUGGGAUGUGCCAGUGUAUCAGAGAGCUCGCUCGUCAACUAGAAAGAGUAGGAGUUUUAAACCUAGUAUGAAUGCUGUAAAGACGGCGAAUAGUGAAAGUGUUACUCCUGGCCCUGAAGUCAGCAAUAAUGCGCAACAUCCAUCAUUGCAUUGUCUUGCUGCUCAAGGAAAAUUGGCAAAAGUUAAGGAAGAAAUGCAAAAAGGAGUUGAUCUAAAUGCACCUGAUCAAGAAGGUCUGACUCCACUCAUGUGGGCUGCUGCACAUAGACAGAAAUCUGUGAUCAAACUUUUGCUUGAACACAAAGCAGAUCCAAAUAUUGAAGGACUUGGAGGAGAAACACCAUUGCUAUUUGCAGCAAGUCAGGGACAAAGUAACAUUGUUGAUCAAUUGUUAAAUCAUGGGGCAAAUAUUAAUCACACUGACUUGGAAGGAGGAACAGCUUUAAUGUAUGCUGUAUUAGGUGGUUUCACUGAACUUGUGAGGAAACUUUUGGAAUAUGGUGCUGAUAUGACAAUAAAGAAUGAAAACAACGAGACAUUUUACAAUCUAGCAACAACAGUUGGUAAUCAAGCAGUGAUAAAUGUUAUCGAAGACUAUAUCAAAAACAUAUUGGAGAAUUCUUAACUAAAGAUGGAGCACUAUUGAUUAAUCAUUUUGAGGCAUUCUAACAACAUCCAUUCAAGCUAAGAAGUAUCGGAUGCCCUCUACUCUAGUUGUCACCGCCGGAGGGACGCCAUGACGUCAUUCAAUUAAAAAUUCUCCCUGGGCCUCGGGUUUAUGCACGAAUUAUGUGCCCGGAACGUUUGUUAUCUAGACGAUUCCCCGCUAUGCAUAAAUUAUUAGGUAAAUGUCGUAUUGUGUCAAAUAUAUGUAGAACUUGAGAAUGAUGAUGACGACCGAUAGUCGAAUAUAUGUAAACUUAUUAAUAAAAUAUUUGAAGAAAAAGACUAAAUAAAACACCACAAUGAGUAAUCUA